GUCCAGCCCAUCCAGCCGGCCCCGGCUCUCUCCCAGCCGGCCGUGGUGAUGGCAAACCCUGCCCCGGCGGCAAAGGCUUCCUCCACGCCCGUCCCCAUCACCUGCUCGGAGACCCCCACCGUCAGCCAGCUGGUCUCCAAGCCCCCGGCUCCCAACAGCAGCGCGGAGGAGGACGGGAUUAACCUGGAGGAGAUCCGGGAAUUCGCCAAGAACUUCAAGAUCCGCCGCUUGUCGCUCGGCCUGACGCAGACGCAGGUGGGACAGGCCCUGACGGCCACCGAGGGACCUGCCUACAGCCAGUCGGCCAUCUGCAGGUUCGAGAAGCUGGACAUCACCCCCAAGAGCGCCCAGAAGCUGAAACCGGUGCUGGAAAAGUGGUUGAGCGAAGCCGAGCUCCGUAACCAAGAGGGGCAACAAAACCUGAUGGAGUUCGUGGGGGGGGAACCCUCCAAAAAACGGAAGCGCCGAACCUCCUUCACCCCCCAGGCCAUCGAGGCUCUCAACGCCUACUUCGAGAAGAACGCCUUGCCCACCGGCCAGGAGAUCACCGAGAUCGCCAAGGAGCUCAACUACGACCGCGAAGUCGUCCGCGUCUGGUUCUGCAACCGCCGGCAGACCCUCAAGAACACCA